AUACAUACAAUGGAACAUCGUCAUAGAGCCGGUAGUUCUCACCAAUCCAACAAGCCUUUUAAGAGUCGUCAUGCCACCAAGGGUCAAUUAAGAGAAGCUUCCAAAGGUAAAAUCAACCGAACUUCUGUCAAACAAGCCAAUGGUCUCAAAACCGUCUCCAAGAUCGAUCGUCGCCAUGCUGCCAAGAUCUUGCAACAAAAGAAACGUGAGGAUGUCACUCGUAUCAGCCGUAUCUUUGAAGGACGUCAAGGUGCACCCAAGAUUGUGCCUGUUUUACCCUUGUGCCCUGACAGCGAUGUGGCUAGUGCUAUUGCUUCUCUCUACCGCUCCUUGGGUCUUCAAGUCCCCUCCAAUGCAGACACAGAAGCCACUGUGUUACCUGUCGAACGUUUCAAACAAAAAGUGCAAUUGGUGCCUUUGAAGCGUAACUUUAUUGAUGUGAUUGAUGCUUUUAAAGUCGCUGAUUUUGGUAUUUUGUUGAUGUCUUCUGAUGUGGAAGUGGAUUCGUUUGGUAUCAAUACUUUAUUGGCCAUUUUGAACCAAGGCAUUGUGAAUGUGGUCCCUGUUGUGCAACAUAUGGACAAAGUACCUGCCAAACUUCGUACCAGCACCAAGAAAUCAUUGACUGCUUUUGUCCAACAGUUCUUUCCUGAACAAGAGCACUUGUAUAGUUUAGAUACAGAUAACGAUAGUCUCUCUGCUCUUCGUUAUAUCACAGGUCAACGCCCCAAACCUAUGUCUUGGCGCGACAACCAUCCUUAUCUGUUGGCAGACAAUGUCGAAUACGACCCCAUCACACCUGAACGCGGUACACUUAAAGUGACUGGCUAUGCCCGUGGUAAUCCCUUCAAUGCAAAUCGACUAGUUCACCUUCAAAACUUUGGUGAUUUCCAGAUCCAACAAAUCACCAGUGCUGAUCUGACUCAUCAGAAUGAAAUGCAACAGGACGCACAAGUGAUUGAUACCCCCAACCCUGAAGAACAAGAUGAUUUAGUGGCUGAAAAUGAACCUGAUUUUAUGGACAAUGAACAGACUUGGCCUACAGAAGAAGAAUUGGCUGAAGCAGAUGCUCGUGUGCGUCGUAUGCGUCAAUUAGACAAUGAAGAAUCGACAAAGCGAGUACCUAAAGGCACUUCAUCUUAUCAAGCUGCUUGGAUUGUUGAUGAAGAAGAUGCUGAGUACAGUGAAGAAGAAGAAGAGGAGGAUCAAAUGAUGGAUGAGGAAGAUGAUGACGUGGUUGAGCCUGCUGCCAGUGCUUUCCCUGACGAUGAUGAUGAAUACGAAGAUAUAGAAUUAGAAGACAAAGAAGAAAAAGACGAAUUCGAUGCAGAAGAAGAAGCAAGACAAUACGAAGCCUAUCUUAAGCAAAGGCAAGAAGAGUAUCAAAACUAUGAUGAAUUUCCUGAUGAAAUUGAUACACCUAUGCACAUCACUGCCAGAGAGAGAUUUGCUCGUUACCGUGGUCUCAAGUCAUUCAGAACAUCUCCCUGGGAUCCUUAUGAAAACUUGCCUAUUGACUAUGCCAGAAUCUUCCAAUUUGGAAACUUUGCUCGUACCAAGGCUAGAGUGGUCAGUCAAGCUAUUGUAGGUAAUGUCAAGCCUGGUAAACGUAUCACUCUCUGGAUCCGCAAUGUCCCUCAAGAAGCCUUUGAUGCUUAUGACAAGACAAGACCUUUUGUUGUAUUUGGCUUGCUGCAAUAUGAGCACAAGAUGUCUUUGAUCAACUUACAAGUACAGCGUGAUAAUGCCUAUGAAGAAGCUGUGAAAUCCAAGGAUCCUAUGAUUUUGCAUAUGGGCUUUAGAAGAUACCGCACAAAGCCUAUUUAUUCACAAAACACAAAUAAGGGAACAAACCAUGUCCAUAAGUUUGAGCGAUUCAUGAAAAUGGGUCGUUCUUAUGUGGCUACUGUCUAUGGUCCUGUUGUGUUUGGCAAGAUGCCUGUCAUGUUCUAUAAAGAGACAGAUAAUGUAAAUGAACCCAUUUUAGUAUCUUCAGGUACAUUUAUGAAUACAGAUGUGAAGCGUAUUAUUGCCAAGCGUAUCAUUCUCAGUGGUCAUCCUUUUAAAUGUCACAAACGAUCUGCUGUGAUUCGAUUCAUGUUCUUUAAUGUGGAAGAUAUCUACUGGUUUAAGCCUGUUCAAUUGACUACUAAAUACGGUCGUGUGGGCCACAUUAUAGAAUCACUGGGUACACACGGUUAUAUGAAGUGUAUGUUUGAUGGUCCCCUUACACAACAAGAUACAGUCAUGAUGUGUCUUUAUAAGCGUGUGUUUCCUAAAUGGAAUACUGAAUUAUAUACAGGUGGUUUAGACAAAUCUGUUGCAUCCUCUUCUUCUGAUAGCAAAGUCACUGCUAUGGAAGAAUAAUCAUUAUUUUAUCAUAAAAUUCUAAAUCAAUUUUUUUUUAUUAUCAAUAAAUAUUACACAAAUUAUUUAGGAGGGC